AUGGUUAAUGUGACCAGCUCGAGGCCCUACCAGUGCCAACGAUGUCUGCGCGCCUUUGCUCGCCUGGAGCACCUACAGCGCCAUGAUCGGUCACACACCAAGGAGAAACCAUUUGUCUGUGGUAGAUGUUCGAAAUCAUUCACCAGAAAGGAUCUCUUGAGCCGUCAUGAGCGCCUGGCUCACAGCCUCCCGGCUAGGAUAUCAUCCUCGCCAGCCUCGCCCAAUGGAGUGGCGCAUGGCUUGAGCAUACCGGCAUUGGCUGUUACGGAAAACUCCGUCUCCAUGGCGCCUCUACAAGAUCAGGCUGUCCCGUCCCAGGCACAAGUGACGGACGCGUUGUCCGACUUGGGACCCACAGAAUCCAGCAUGGCGGAGUCCACAGGCGACUACAGCUCCACCAUGAUGUACGGUGACGGAGAUGACUUCACUUCAUUUUUUGAUAGCAUUCCUCUUCCGAGCCACCCAUAUUCGCCCACCUACCAGCCGUUGCCGGUGUUUCUUCCACUGCCUUUCGAUUCAUGCCCGACUUAUGAUCAACCGACCGAGACGCAGCCCGGGGAGGAGAGUGCGUCCACCCCCGCAAGAUCCAUUCUACCACAGCAUGGAUAUCACCUGCUGUCGCCCCAAGCAGAGGAAGCACACGGGCCGUACAAGGCCCGCCAACCGAGGCGUUCUAUAUCGGUCACGACGCAGUGUCGGGGCCGCAUUGUCGGAUAUUUGGCCGAUUACUCGAAUGUGCUAUCUGAGCCGCGUCUACCAUCACGGCACGCUCUGUCCCGCUGUUUGACUGGUUAUCUCAUGGGCUUCCAGGAUCAUUACCCCUUCAUGCACAUCCCAACGCUGAGCGUGGAGUCGCUGUCACUGCAAUUAUUUCUGUCUAUGGCUGCCCUCGGCGCACGGUACAUUCGAGAGCCGGAGACGAGUCUGAACCUAUAUCAAAUAGCCAAGCCGGUUAUACUGGAGCACAUCCGCCGUAAAUGGCAGUCCGCCACCCUCACCGGGUGUAACGAUAGGAAGACGAGUCCUACGCGUGUAGACCAAGAUCUCCUGGAAACAAUACAGGCAUUGUUGCUUAUAACAUCGGUGUCGCUCUGGUUCCAACAGGACCCACCCCAUCAUGAAGCCCUGUACAUUCGCAGUUACAUGGAGACACUGUUGCGUCAAGGCGGACUGAACGAAUUGCCCGUCCAGGAUGGGUCAUGGGAAAGCUGGGUCAGGAGCGAGGGCGUAAAGCGCACCAAACUCAUUGUUCACUGCUUCUUUAACCUGUUCACCAUUGUCUUCGACCUUCCGCCUAUGAUUCUUACCGAGGAGAUCACCCUCGAUCUACCCUGCACCGAACGAGAAUGGGAAGCCCCGACGGGGAGCGAAUGGACUAAGGAGCGUAGACAAUGUGCGCAGGAACCGAUGUUGCAAGACGCGCUGUCGUCGCUCUUCGCACAGGGCCCAGGCAUACACGGGCGCCUAGAAAGCUUUUCCUCCCUAGGGGGAUAUGUCCUCAUACACGCUAUUCUCCAAAAUAUCUGGCUCAUACAAAAAACAUGCCGGAUGACCCCCUACAAGAGCAGUGCACUCUCCCCAGCCGAGAUCGUACCACUGGAGCAGGCUCUCGAGCGGUGGUGCCAGUGCUGGGAACGCAACCAGGAGGCCUCUACGGACCCGUUCAAUCCAUACGGACCACUGUCCUUCACGUCGACCGCUCUCCUCCGCCUCGCAUAUAUCCGCCUCAACGCCGAUUUCAGUUCCGCCCGACGUCUCCAGACCUGGGAUCCGGAUGAGAUUGCUCGAUCUCUGAAAGAGAACCUGUCAGUCCACCGCAGUGACCGUCUCACCCGAGCAGCCCUUCACUGCGCCCACGCGCUCAGUACCCCCAUCAAGCUGGGGAUCAACUUCGUCGCGCAGACACAAGUCGUGUCCUGGUCCAACCAGUAUGCUCUAUGCUCGCUUGAGUGUGCCGUCUUGCUCGCUAAAUGGCUUGAGACCGUAGCCACCGUUCUAGACCCACAACCCCCGCUGACGGAGCAGGAAAGCAGCGUUCUGGAGUUCGUCAUUGAUAUGGUUAUGGAGGCGCAGCAUGGGGUGUCGCGCGAGUGGUUGCUCGCCAACAAUACGCGACUCGGCGCGAUGGUGACCCGGCUGUGGGCGCGCCUGUUCACGGCGGACUACAUAUGGGAGUUAGUCAAUCUAAUUGGGCGGUCAUUGAAUCGGUAUGCAGAGCUGUUGGAGAAGGAAAGAUCAUAG